AUGAUACAGGAAUUUUCGAAUGCGGAUUUAAAACAACGUUCUAGAAGAUCUCAUUCGCGAAGUUCGAAAGGAAGCAAUGUCAAUUCAAUAAGCAGCACUGGCCAAAACGGGGUUUUUGUUACCGGAAAUGCAACAAGAGUGGUCGCACAGAGAAACGGGCUGGCGGUUCUUCCUUGUACUGUGAAGAGAUCCACCCAAGGAACGGUGACGUGGAUUCGCAGACGAGACUUCCAGCUUCUAACCGUCGGCACUGCGACUUAUUCUAGCGACGAGAGAUUUUUUGUAGAACAUGUUCGCCAUUUGGGCAACUGGCCUCUUCAAAUAAAGUCCGCUAAGCUGGAAGAUGCCGGCACGUACGAGUGCCAGAUUUCGACGCACCCGCCUGCCAGCAUUUUUAUACACCUCAAAGUAGUAGAAGCCGUAGCUCAAAUCACGGGAGCGCCCGAUCUGCACAUAAGAGAGGGUUCUACUUUACGACUAGUGUGCUCGAUAAAAGGAGCGACGGAAGCGCCUUUAUAUGUUUUUUGGUACCACGCUUCAAGAAUGGUGAACUACGACGGCGCCCGAGGUUUUAUCGUGACGGGCGAGAGAGGCGCUAGUGUGCUUACAGUUCCGGAAGCCAAUAAAACGGUGCACAGCGGAAAUUUUACUUGCGCGCCAUCCAACGCCAGACAGGCCAGCAUCACGGUACACGUAUUGAAUGACCAUUUAACUUUGCCGCAAGUCGAGUCGCAUAUUUGGGAGCAAUUGUCGUCGUGUUAUGAAGCGCUCAUGGUGGCUGCGGAAGAGCGGAAAAGCUCGAAUAUUUCUAAUAAAACUGUUGCUCGCCAUUUCGGCAUAGUGUUUGCUGACAAUUGUGAAAAGGUGAAAAACCAGCAGCAAUGCAACAUGCAAACACAAGCACUUCGAGUUCAGAAAUGA